GAAAUCCGCCUGACUGUCCUGACGUCACUCUGCUUCCUGUCUCCACCCAUUUGCAGCCAUGAUGCAGGAAGGGUUGGACGACGGACCCGACUUCCUCUCCGAGGAGGACCGGGGACCACGUGCAGUGAAUGUGGACCUUCAAACGGAUGCUAUGCUGCAGGUCGACAUCUCUGAUGCCUUGAGUGAGAGAGACAAGGUCAAGUUCACCGUUCACACCAAGAGCACGCUCCCCAACUUUAAGCAGAAUGAGUUCUCAGUGGUCCGACAACAUGAAGAGUUCAUCUGGCUGCACGACUCGUUUGUUGAAAAUGAAGAGUACGCAGGAUAUAUCAUCCCCCCAGCCCCUCCCAGACCAGACUUUGAUGCGUCCAGAGAGAAGCUGCAGAAGCUGGGUGAGGGAGAGGGAUCCAUGACUAAGGAGGAGUUCACAAAGAUGAAGCAGGAGCUGGAGGCAGAGUAUCUGGCCAUCUUUAAGAAGACUGUAGCCAUGCACGAGGUCUUUUUAUGUCGCGUGGCUGCUCAUCCUGUCCUCAGGAAAGACCUCAAUUUCCAUGUCUUCCUGGAGUAUAACCAGGAUCUCAGUGUACGAGGGAAGAACAAGAAAGAAAAACUGGAAGAUUUCUUUAAAAAUGUGGUGAAGUCAGCAGAUGGUGUCUUGGUGGCUGGAGUCAAGGAUGUGGAUGAUUUCUUCGAGCAUGAGAAAACUUUUCUGUUAGAAUAUCACAACAGAGUCAAGGACGCUUCAGCCAAAUCUGACAGAAUGAUCCGCUCGCACAAAAAUGCUGCUGAUGACAUCAACAGAAUUGCCUCAUCUCUCUACACAUUAGGAACGCAGGACUCCACAGACCUCUGCAAGUUCUUCCUCAAAGUGUCAGAGCUGUUUGAGAAAACUCGGAAAAUUGAAGCGCGCGUUGCAGCAGAUGAAGACCUGAAGCUGGCCGACCUACUGAAAUAUUAUUUGAGGGAGUCGCAGGCUGCAAAGGACCUCUUGUACCGAAGGAGCCGGGCUCUGGUUGACUAUGAGAACGCUAACAAGGCUCUAGAUAAGGCUCGAGCCAAAAACAGAGACGUACUGCAGGCUGAGACCAGCCAGCAGCUUUGCUGCCACAAGUUUGAGAAAAUCUCAGAGUCUGCCAAGCAAGAGCUCAUAGACUUCAAGACAAGACGAGUGGCAGCCUUCAGGAAGAACCUGGUGGAGCUGGCCGAGCUCGAGCUCAAACAUGCCAAGGGGAACCUCCAGCUGCUGCAGGGCUGUCUGGGCAUCCUGAAAGGAAACACUUAACUAUACAAUACCACAUAGAUCCAGCUGGAUGGCCCAUAGUCACAGUCCCACUCAUUUCCAGCUGGACAAGCCCAUCACAUGGGUGAAACCCCCAAGGACAGAAAAACGACACCAAGAAAACUGGACGAGAAGAGGAGAGAAAACCUGGAAUAAAACUGACAGGAAGUCUGUCGUCGUCAUCAUCAUUAUCAUCAUCGUCGUCGUCAUCGUCACUAACCAGACAGUCUCUUUUUUUUUUUUUUUUUUUUUUUAAAUUCUCCCCUUCCUGCUAAACUUCUCCCUCUCUCUCCAGCAGCACCACUACUGGCCCUUUCGUUUUAUUGUCUGAUUUGCAGCACCUGUACUGGUCCUGCCGGUCCAGCCUCUUUGUUCCUGAGUGGCCCUUAAGUGAAAGUAUUCAGAAAUAAAACACGACUGUUUCCAUUGUCUCCCUGCGCCUGGUCCUAGUCUGGUUGUGGUAUAAGUGGGUAUUAUUGGACAUUAUUCUGUACUUUUUUGUUAAUUUUUAAGGUUAAAUAAACCAAAUUCAAUCUAAAAUUGGUUUUCAAAUCGUAAAUAAGUCAGAAUAGAAACAUGCAUGUGAAGGUCACUCUUAUGAGGUGAUGUUAAACGCAGUCCGCUGCAUCUGCCCUAGCUGGUCCCGGUUUGUCUCUGCUGGUCACCACUCACACACCGAACUCAUUUCUGUUUUUGAGUCUUUAUUUUUUUGCAAAAAAAAAAAAAAAUAGAGUGCAGCAAGACAACUUUAGCUCAACAAGCUUACUGCUUUCACCAAAGAAGGAAAAAGUAGAAGCCAGAUUUCCAAUCAUUACUUUCCCUUUUUCUUGUUUUAUUUUGAGGGAGACAUAAUUACAAAUUUCUAAGAGACAAAUUUCUAAAAUCUCACUUAUUAAAGUCACAUUUUGAACGGCCUUUUGUGCUUUUUCUUUUUUCCUUUGGUGAACUCAGAACUGAAAAAUCAACCUGAUUGAAUGAUUUUCUGGAAUCAGUGUGCUGGUUUUUAUUUUGCUGCGCUGCACUUUUUGUGCGCUCAAAAGGACUCAAAAACUGACAGAAGUACUUGGUAAUACAGAGUUCUUUUUCCAGAGAAGUCUGUUCGUCUUUUCUGUUGUAUUUCCUGCUUUUUUUUUUUUUGUUUUUGCCGUCGAUGUCGUCACCUGUCCUUUUUGUCCUCCUUUUCCUUCUCUUCUGUCCUGUUGUUUAUUUUGGCGAUGCUUGUGUUUCGGGGGGGGGGGGGUCAUUUUAAUGUUGAUGACUUCCUGUGCCGCUGCUGCUGCGUGCCAGCGUUUUGAGUCCAGCUCUUGGUCCCUGUUGUUAUUAAAGUGUAAUUUCACUAAAGAAAAAGAAACCCUUGUAGAUGUUUGCAUUAGUUGACUAAUGAACGCUAAUCAUCAUCAUUACUAAUUGUAGCUUCUUUGUUCACUGAUCAGAUGUUUGUCACUCUAGUCAAAGGUGGAGUUUGUUUGCCUUAAUGUUGAUCAGUGUCUGUUUGCAUCAUUGUAAAGAAACAGUUAAAGUCACAGAAAGAAAAGUUUUUGUUCCCAUCACUUUUUUUUUUUUAAUGCACUGUAUACGAAUGUUUUUCAAACUUAUGUGACCAAAGCUUCCACUGCUGAUUCAAGAUGGAGACAGAAAAAAAACAGAUAAUUAUGAAAUUCACAACAUUUUAGUUGUUUGAACUUCAGCAGGUCUGUAAUCCACCCUUAUCAUACUGAGAUUCAAUAAAACUUUACAGUUU